AUGGCCAAUCUCUCGGAGUAUCUUUUCAACCCGAUGCUACUACAAGAGCUUGUGAAUAAGCUACCACCUCAAAUGCAAAUGCACUGGUCCCGAUACAAGCGACAAUUCCCAUCAAUUAAUCUGGAAGUAUUCAGUCAAUUCACAACUGAGGAGGGAAAUACUGCAGCUGACGUCGUCGUACUGGUAGCUGGGAAAAGGCCAUCGAAGCAAACUUUGUACACACAUACAGAGACAGAAAACGUUCCAAAUACCAAUCAGCUGCAAAAGGAUGGUGCUAGAAAAACAUGUAACUUUUGCGGAAACGCCAGCCACCAAAUAGCCAAUUGUGAAUCAUUUUUGAAGUUGGACAGUGAUGGAAGAUGGAGAGUAGUUAAAGCCAACAAAUUAUGCCGCAUUUGUCUUGUUCCUCAUAAGAAGUGGCCAUGUCGUUCACCAAAAGAAUGCGGCGUGGAUGAUUGCCGUAAUCUUCACCAUUCGUUACUACAUUCAACAGCAUAUACUCCUGUAAAUGCUAGCGUUGCCCAUCAUUACUCUGAUUCCUCGUUUUCUCUAUAUCGCUAUCUCCCCAUUAUACUUAAAGCAAAUGGUAAAUCAGCGGAAAUCAUUGCAUUUCUUGACGACGGUUCGUCGUCUACGAUGCUCGAGGCUCGAGUAGCAACCGAACUUGGAAUUAGUGGCGAAAGAGAACCGCUGUGGCUUAGUUGGACAGGAAAUGUAACACGGGAGGAAAAAUUGUCGCAACGAAUUUCAGUAACGGCUUGUGGCGUCGGGAAAACCGACUCCUUUAAAUUGAAUAAUGUACGCACAGUCGAUAAUCUUUUUCUACCAAAGCAAACCCUUGACUAUGCUUCCAUGAAAACCAAGUACCCACAUUUGAGAGGCCUACCUGUCAACGGAUAUUCCCAUGCCACACCUAGCAUGAUCAUCGGAAUUGAACAUACCACGCUGCUAACUUCACUGAAGGUUCGUGAAGGUCAUCCCAAUGAUCCUGUUGCAACAAAAACCCGACUAGGCUGGUGCAUUUUCGGCAAACAGCUUGCUGGAACCCAAUCGAUUGAAAUGGUACAUGUACAUUCUGAAACUACGUCAUGUGACCAUGAACUACACAAAUUGGUUGGACAAUUACUGAAGUUCGAAGAAUGUAACACCGUUGGACAUGUUCCAGAAGAUGACAAACGUGCCCUGGCUAUCCUAGAAAAAGCCACACGUCGAGUAGAGGGGCGAUUUGAAACCGGUUUGCUAUUUAAAUACCCAGAUCAACGAUUUCCAAAUAGUUUUCCGAUGGCAAAUCGAAGAUUGCUUUCACUUGAAUCGCGACUUGCAAAGAAUCCAUUUCUGGACAGAAAGGUCCGAGAACAAAUAAAGGAAUAUCUGCAAAAGGGCUAUGCUCAUAAAGCCACCGCGAAGGAACUACGAGAGACAGAUCCUGAGAAAACGUGGUAUCUUCCUUUGGGAGUUGUUCAGAACCCAAAGAAACCGGAAAAGGUCCGAUUAAUCUGGGAUGCGGCGGCUCGUGUUAAUGGAAUAUCGCUCAACGAUACCUUGUUGAAAGGGCCAGAUCUUUUAACCUCACUGACGACCAUUCUCGUACGCUUUCGUCAAAGGAAUAUUGCCAUCACAGGAGACAUCAAAGAAAUGUUCCAUCAGAUCCGGAUCCGAGAAUCUGAUAAACACUACCAGCGCUUUCUCUUUCGUGACAACCCGCAAGAACCACCUCAAGUGUACAUUAUGGAUGUAGCUACGUUUGGGGCGUCAUGCUCUCCUUGUGUAGCUCAAUUUGUUAAAAAUAGAAACGCAACAGAACAUGCUGCUGAAUUUCCCGGUGCUGCAAAAGCUAUUGUAGAGGACCAUUAUGUAGAUGAUUUCCUCAAGAGCGUAGAUACCACAAAAGAAGCCGUAGAGCUGACGAAACAAGUCCAAUUUGUUCACGCCAGGGGAGGAUUUGAAAUUCGAAACUUCGCCUCCAACUCUUCGGAAGUCUUGAAUCGACUGGGGGAAUCCAACGAAUUGCUACAGAAAGAUCUCAAUUUUGAGCCAGGACUAAGCACGGAGGAAAAACCGGAACGGGUUCUGGGCAUGGUCUGGAAGCCUCAAACCGAUGUUUUUACGUUUAACACCACCAUGCAAACGGAAUUGAUGCAUCACCUGAUGAGCAGAACACCCCCCACUAAGCGGCAGGUUCUAAAAAUUAUUAUGUCGGUCUUCGACCCACUCGGGUUGAUUGCUCAUUAUACGGUACAUGGCCGAAUUCUCAUGCAAGAAAUUUGGAAGUAUGGCAGUGACUGGGAUGAACAAAUUCCUUCCGAAUUGCAAGCAAGUUGGUUUCGUUGGAGUGACAAGUUAAAAGAGUUGGAAGAAAUCAUUAUUCCACGAUGUAUGUUCAAAAAUACGACCUCAGAAUCUCUGAAAACCUUGCAACUCCAUACCUUCGUAGAUGCGAGUGAAGCGGCGUACUCCUGCGUUGUCUAUGCCCGUAUAGUGGACCGCGGUAUCCCAAAAUGCGCGAUUGUUGCCGCUAAAACAAAAGUUGCUCCAUUAAAGCCGCUUUCUAUACCGCGACUAGAAUUGCAAGCCGCUGUUGAGGGUAGUCGAUUAACUCAAAAAUUAGUAGAGGCCUUAACCCUUCCUGUCAAUCAACGGUUUUUAUGGUCGGACUCCACAACUGUACUGUCUUGGUUGAGGUCAGAUAGCAGGCGAUACCACCAAUAUGUAUCCUGUAGAAUAGGCGAGAUUCUACGAGUCACCUCCAUCAACGAAUGGAGAUACGUUCCAUCUAAACUGAACGUGGCCGACGAAGCCACAAAAUGGAAUGCUGAACCCAACUUUAAUCCUCAAUCGCGCUGGUUUGUGGGACCAGAUUUCUUAUUGAAACCAGAAGGAGAGUGGCCAUCUAAGUUUCACGUUACUACUAUGCCAGAGGAAGAAAUAAGAACCGUUUUACUGCAUCAUCAUGCAGAAUCACACCAAUCAAUAUUUGAUGAAGUUGAUUAUUCACGAUUUUCUCAAUUCAACAGAUUGCUUCGAGCUAUAGUCUACUUCCACAGGGCGAUCGAAAGGUUCCGGAAAGUAAAACGUGAAGGACCCUUUGAAGCAGAAGAAAUCGCGGCCGCUGAAAAUUUCUUAUGGAGGCAAGUUCAAAUGGAAUCUUACCCUGAAGAAUAUGCUACUGUGUUGUAUAAUCACAAAAACUCUACUAGUAAACACGUGGCAAUAAAAUGUACAAGCCCAUUAUAUCAACUUGCACCGUUCAUGGAUGAAAAUAACGUGCUGCGUAUGAGAAGCAGAAUCGAAGCCGCUCCUGUGACACCAUAUGAAACAAAGUAUCCAGUAUUGCUACCAAAAGAACAUCGCGCGACGCACCUUCUCGUGCAUCAAUAUCAUCGGCGAUAUCUGCACGGAAAUCAAGAAACCGUCGUCAAUGAAAUGCGCCAACGGUUUCAAAUUCCACACUUGCGAGCCCUGGUGAAACGAAUAGCAAAAGAGUGUCAAAUGUGUAAGGUGAAUAAAGCGGUUCCAAAGACUCCAAUGAUGUCACCCUUGCCAGCAGUUCGCCUAACCCCCUUUAUCAAGCCCUUCACCCACACUGGGAUAGACUAUUUUGGACCUUUGAUGGUGAAGCAGGGACGUAGCCUGGUCAAACGUUGGGUGGCCCUAUUCACCUGUCUUACGAUAAGAGCGGUGCAUUUAGAAAUCGUAUCUACGCUUUCAACGCAGUCUUGUGUCUUGGCCAUUCGAAGAUUCGUUGCACGCAGAGGAUCCCCAACCACUUUCUACACAGAUAACGGCACGAACUUUUUGGGGGCCAGUAAUCUCCUGAUCAACCAAAUUCGGAAUGCUCACGAAGAGUGCGCCCUUAUCUUCACCAACGCCCAUACACGAUGGUAUUUCAACCCACCUGCGACACCUCAUAUGGGAGGACCAUGGGAACGCAUGGUCAGAUCGGUUAAACAAGCGAUGACUGCCAUUGCAGAUCAUCCCCAACAUCCAAGUGACGAAGUACUCGAGACGGUAGCGCUAGAAGCCGAAGCAAUCGUAAAUUCACGACCCCUUACAUACGUACCUCUUGAUUCAGCUGAAUCCGAGGCCCUGACCCCGAACCAUUUCCUGUUGUAUGGCAGCACCGGGAUUCGACAACCUGCGACAGCGUUAAUGAUCACCAAUAGAACGCUGAGAGAUAGUUGGAAUUUGGCUCGUACUUUGGUUGACAAAUUUUGGGUAAGAUGGCCCGCAUACUAA